GCCCGGAAGGAGCCGUCAGCAGACGGAGCCACGGGCAGACAUGGCGGGGCAGAUGGCUGUGCUGGGCUCUGCUCUGCUGACCCUGCUCUUAGCUGGCUACCUGGCACAGCAGUAUCUGCCCAUGCCCAAGCCCAGAGUGAUCGGGAUCGACCUCGGCACCACCUACUGCUCCGUCGGCGUCUUCCUGCCUGGAAGCGGGGACGUGAAGGUGAUCACGGACGAGAGCGGGCACAGCAGCAUCCCCAGCGUGGUCUCCUUCACUGACUCUGGGGUGCACGUGGGAUAUGAAGGGCUGGAACUGGCUGAUGCCAAUCCUCAGAACACCAUCUACGAUGCCAAGAGAUUCAUUGGGAAAGUCUUCAUGGAAGAACUGCAGAGUGAAAGCAGCAGGUAUCCCUUUAAGAUUGUCAGCAACAGUGGAUUAGCUGAAUUUUCUGUGACAGCUAAUGAAACCUUUCACAUCACUCCAGAGCACAUUGGCUCUCAGCUGCUGCUGAAACUGAAGAAAAUGGCAGAAGCUGACCUUGGCAUGACCAUUUCCAAGGCAGUCAUCUCCGUGCCAGCAGAGUUUGAUGAAAGGCCGAAUUCUACCGUUAAGGCAGCUAACCUUGCAGGGCUCAGCGUUCUGCGAGUAAUCAAUGAGCCCACAGCUGCUGCUAUGGCUUAUGGUCUCCACAAAGCUGAUGUGUUUAAUGUUCUGGUGGUGGAUUUGGGUGGAGGAACUUUGGACGUGUCUCUGUUGAACAAGAUGGGAGGGAUGUUCGUCACACGAGCCAUGGCAGGUAACAACAAACUUGGAGGACAGGAUUUCAAUCAGAGGUUGAUGGUGUAUUUAUAUGAUCAGCUCCGUCAAAUGUACGGUUCUCUGCCGACACAAAAAGAGGAGAUUCACCGCCUCAGGCAGGCCGUGGAAGCUGUUAAAUUAAACCUGACUGUCCAUGAGGCAGCUACACUGAGGGUGCUGCUGACUCUGCCAGCAAACAAGCUUACAAGAGAACUUGCAAAAAGCCAGGUAAAAACAAACAGUGCACUAAAAGACGAGGCCUCACAGAACGCAGAAGGCCUGAAAAAUCUUGGAGACGCUUCCAAAGUAGAGGACAACUUUGUCGAAGUUGUAUUUGAAACAGAAAUCUCUCGGAAGCUGUUUGAGAUGUUAAAUGAGGACCUUUUUGAGAAGAUUCUUGUGCCCAUUGAACAAGUGUUGCAGGAAGGGCACCUGUACAAAGCAGAUGUGGAUGAAAUUGUGUUAGUUGGAGGCUCCACACGGAUUCCCAGAAUACGUGAAGUUAUUCGGGACUUCUUUGGAAAGGAACCCAACACCUCCGUAGAUCCCGUGGCAGUUGUGACGGGUGUAGCCAUCCAAGCAGGAAUUCUUGCAGGGUCCUGGCCUCUCCAAGUCAGUGCUAUAGAAAUCCCUAACAAGCAUUUAAAGAAGACUAAUUUUAACUGAAAAGAAAUUCUUCUCAAUUGCAUUCCAACUCUUCAAAAGGAUCCAUACUUAUCUGACUGGCAAUGGAACCUAACUUCAUCUAUGUUCUGUUCAACUUUCACCUGUUCCUGUUAGGUGUUACUGGACACCUACCUUUGCUAAAGCUUGAUGUUACUUUAAAGGUACAAACGAGUUCUGAAGUGUGCUCUGUUUACUUGGAGAUGGGAUAUUGGAUGAAAAUGCCAGUGAUGACACACCCACAUUUUCUUGCUAAAUUUUAUUAGCGAAUCCUGGAGCGGUGUGUAUUUUAAGUGUGAAGGGAGUAUGACCAAAGGUUUGAGGUGUUGUGGUACUGAGGUAUUCCUGGGUCCAGUGUAUUUGCUUGGAAGGACUGUGAAGCAGCAUUAACGCACAGAGCAGAGCACUGGCAGUGUUCAGCUUACACUUAUUUGUUAGAUUGAGCCAUUCAGACAUUUAAGCACCUUUCCUAAAGGCAUCUUGGCAGCUUAAAUGAGACUGAGGCAUUCGCUUGAUUCUUCUGCUGUUCAUAACAGCAUAAUGGUAUUGCUGAGGCUCUGUGGCAAAUUGUCCCAUGAUUAGGAAUUCUUAUGGAAAAUGUGACUCUUGCCAGUGCAGUUUCUUGGUCUCCAAGGGCUUCAUGCCUGACCUGGCUGUGAUGGUUAAACACAGGUGCUGCUGUUUUACCACAAUGUUCUCCACAGAGAACGAGGGUACGUUGCCAAAUAUUCAUACCUGCCCCUGCCUUAUUUUAAAACUUUGGUGAUGUUGUGUAUCUUGCAGCCACACCUGCCUGUCUUCCCUUGAAUUUGACCAACAUGAAUUUCAUUUCAUUGUUCUGCAUUUAAAAGUGUGUGACAUCCUCUUCUUGAAGUACCCCAAGCCAUACUGAACUUGGGGAGAAAGUGUGGGACAGAAGGGAUGGCCUGGAUGAAAUGUAGUUCCUGUAGCCCUAG